AUAAGUCCAUCUAAUUACAGCGUCGUUCGUGGCGAGUCGGCGAAGAAGCAAGGCUCGUUCCGACUUUGCCGGAGCCGCAAAAUAGUUGUCAAAAUGGCGGGCGAAGGUUCUGCAAGUGUAAAUCUGAAUUGCGAGGUCGUUCGCGGACAAACGUUCGAGGUUGGCCCCCGAUACACAAAUUUGUCGUACAUGGGCGAGGGUGCCUAUGGGAUGGUCGUAUCUGCUUACGACAAUGUAACAAAAACAAAGGUAGCUAUUAAAAAAAUUUCACCUUUUGAACAUCAGACAUAUAGCCAGAGAACUUUGAGGGAAAUAAAAAUUUUGACCAGGUUUAAGCAUGAAAAUAUAAUAGAUAUAAGGGAUAUAUUAAGGGCACCUACCAUAGAACAAAUGAAAGAUGUAUAUAUUGUUCAAUGCCUGAUGGAAACUGAUCUCUACAAACUUCUUAAAACACAGGCUAUUAGUAAUGAUCACAUAUGCUAUUUUCUCUACCAAAUAUUACGAGGAUUGAAGUACAUUCAUUCAGCAAAUGUGUUGCACAGAGACUUGAAACCUAGCAACCUUCUCUUGAAUACCACAUGUGACCUUAAAAUCUGUGACUUUGGCUUAGCCAGAGUUGCUGAUCCAGAACACAAUCAUGCUGGCUUCCUUACAGAAUAUGUAGCAACAAGGUGGUACAGAGCUCCAGAAAUAAUGCUUAAUUCAAAGGGCUAUACAAAAUCUAUAGACAUCUGGUCUGUUGGUUGCAUACUUGCAGAGAUGCUUUCAAGACGAGCAAUAUUUCCAGGCAAACAUUACUUAGACCAACUGAAUCAUAUAUUGGGUGUUCUUGGUUCACCAUCUGCUGAGGAUCUUGAUUGCAUUGUUAACGAAAAGGCACGGAAUUAUCUUCAGUCAUUACCAUACAAACCAAAGGUUCCAUGGACAACUCUUUUCCCGACCGCAGAUCCACGAGCUUUGGAUCUUCUAGAUAAGAUGUUGACAUUUAAUCCUAACAAACGAAUCGUCGUGGAAGAUGCACUUGCACAUCCAUAUUUAGAACAAUAUUACGAUCCUUCUGAUGAGCCUGUCGCGGAAGAACCGUUUAAAUUAGACAUGGAGUUGGACGAUCUUCCAAAGGAAGUUUUAAAGCAAUACAUCUUCGAGGAGACUCUUCUAUUCCAGAGGAAUCAUCAGGAGAACGCUAUGUAGUCUACUGCUGCAAGAAGUGUGCAAGGUGACCAAAAAGGGGGUGAAGACGAGGCGUCAUAAUAACAGAAGUGUACUUCAUUUACAGUUGUUCACUUGAUCGAAUUUGUGAAGAAAAGAGAAGCUCUUCGAACGCGACACUGAUCGAGAAGAAAACAGGUCGAUCCAGCGGUUAAUGGGCGAAAAAGAAAGCGGUGAAUGAGGUAAAGCAAAAAAAAAACAACAACAAACGAAACUACGAUAAAGGGUAAUAAACAAAAGGAAAAAAAAACAAAAAACCGCAGUGUCCGCGCAUACACACUUGUACAUUCGCAUGUCUCUACCAGAAGGAAUACAAAAUACAGUGUUUUUUUUGUUACAUUGAACGCAUAAUAUUAAUUUGUACAAUAUAACUUUUAUUUAUCCGGAAUUUAUAUAGGUAAACACUAGUUGACGAUUAUAUAUUGUUGAUCACUGUCAUACCAUUGUCUGUGAUUUAAUUGCCGAGUGAGAACGGGUGUUCGUGUGUGGAGAAUAUAUACUUUGAGCCACGUAGCACAGCGACCGAUGAGAAAAUUAUGUGAGCGAGAGAAAGAGAGAGAGAGAGAGAGAGAAAGUAUAUGUGUGAAGAGAGGAAACUCCAACAAAGCGUGUGCUUGUCCAUAAUACCAAGAAUAAUAUGAUGCCUCUCAAUGCGUUGUAUUGUCAUUAAGACCGGUGUAUACCUGAAUUUUAGCAACAUCGAUUGAUCAUGUUCGAAUCCCUUGCUUGAACAGUCCGAAUACUGUUCCAUUCGAAAACUAGUAGACUGGGCGUUUUAAGACGGGUGUGAACACGAUGGAACAGUAGCAAAACAAAUAAAUUAAUUAACAAAACA